AUGAAGGAGAACGAGCCCAUAUGUGCAACGGCAAUCUACUAUUACGACAAUCAAAACAUCACUGAAAGCUCAUUGUCGUUCCGGCAAAGAGGUAGCCGGAUGGACGCCGUUGUAUACGACCAAGAUCGGCACGACUUCCUCCAAGUUGUUUAUGGCUUGGGUAUGAAUGAUGCCAGUGAAAGUGAAGUUACGCAAGAGCUUGGAGGCGUGGUUUGUCAAGAGGGUCGACUCCUGACAUUCCCCAAUACUGUUCAGCACAAAGUGUCACCGUUUUCGUUGGCCGACAGAUCAAAAAGCGGACAUCGCAAGAUCCUCGCACUAUUUCUCAUCGAUCCCCAUAGGCGUGUGAUAUCAUCUGCCAAUGUUCCUCCGCAGCGGGAGGACUGGGCGCCAGAAAACUCGAAAAUUGUGAACAGUGUGCAUUCACAGGUUUCAGCAAACUCGCCGGAUACACCUGGUCAAAAUGUACUCAGCCCGGUAAUGAGCAUGGAAGAUGCAGAAUUUUACAGACUUGAGCUUAUGGAAGAACGCAGUAUCGGGGCUGUGGAUAAUAACAAAGUGUUUGAGUCAGGAAAUUUCUGUCUUUGUGAGCAUUAG